AUGACGAUGUAUUGGGGAGGGUAUUGGCGGGUACGGCCUGGUAUUAGGCUGGGUAUGCUGGUGACAAGACAAGGACUGGGCACAGCGCGUUGGCACCGGCAGCGCACAGGAAUGCGACGUCAGCUGAGCUUGCGGCUCUUCUGGGUCCGCGCGGAAGCUGAGUCAGCAGCAGUUUGCUACGUCGAAACUGCCCCUAACAGCGCAGCGUUGGGAAUUGGUGAGGGCAAAGGGCAAGAAUGA